GAGGAAUACUGAACUUCACCAGACACCUGCCACUUAUCUCUUAGGGUUUGAGCUGGUACUGGCUGGUUUUGUAUAGCUGGUGCUGUAAGCAAACCAGGCUGACAAACUGGAAAUACAACUCUGCAAAGCAGCAAGGUAUUUCUGCAGUCAGCAGUGAUUGUGGGCAGGAAGGUUAGUGAGCAGGUCAAUUACCCCAUCUUGAUGGUCUUGACCUGCAUAACCCCUCAGUGGGCUAACUUCAAUGUUUACUCAGCAAUGUUUGUUCCCUGGGUUCUUCUGUCCACUGCAUUUCUAUUCCUCUCCCUUGUCCCACUGGAGUCUACCCCUGUGCUCCAGGGUGAAAUUUGCUUCUUCAAAAGAAAACCUCAGGCCUAGAUGCUACCAAAAUUCUGUUUACAUACUCUUGCUAAGGGCUUUCUUGUACUUUGUUGGAGCUUGAGGACUGAAGCAAAAUGCAGACUGGGCUGUAUAAGGUGUUGAGGCAGCUGAAGGCAGGACCUCCCUCUGGCAAUGGUGGCAGUAGCUGGUGUGUUUAUGUAUGUUCUUGUUGAGCCAAGUGAGAGCAGACACAGAACAGGCAAGAGAGUGACAAAAGUCCAUGUUUGUGUAAUUAUUUGUCAUUAUUUGUGCUUUGUGGACUAGGGGACAUGAGUGAAAACUGGGCAGCUUUGCUGUCUUGCCCUCCUUGCUCCCAUUUGUCAGCUGCAGUGUAAUGAUAUCCAGGUCUAAGGCUCAUGGGGAAUACCAUUUUGGACUGAAAGAACAGUGUCAGUGUGAAAUACGGGGUCAGUAGGUUGAUAAGCAGGGCUUUCAAAUGCACAACACAAACAAUGGGCCAUUCUUCAUGUUCUCAAGAGAUGUGAUAAUUAAAUAAUCCUUCAUAUCCAUUUAUAAGGUGACAAAAUGAACCCCACAAGAUGUAACAAUGAGGGGGGAACAAGAACCUUACCCCAUCACUCAUUGUGGUUGUCUAACAAUCAUCACAUCUCCACUUGAUGAAGCAUCCCACCUGUCUUUCAAGUUGGACCCUGAGGUGCUUCUCUUCUCAUCCAGUUUAUGAAUCAUACUGCAGACACGAUGCCUGCCAUGUUUAAUUUUGCUGUAAAAGUCAUUUGGGUAUUACAGAGGUCUAGUUGGAGACAAUGGAACAAACACCUGAGUCAUCUCCAUUACGAGUGCUGUGAGUUAGAGGUAGAUUUUGACAUCCCAAAGGUGAUGUGGGAGAGGUACUUAAUGGGACAUGGGUUGUCCUGACUGUCUUCAGAAUGUUUAAUGGAAAAUUUUCAACAUACAUACAAACACGUAGAAAGCAAUUUUGAGUGCACUUGUUUGCAUUUAAUUUUAAUCUAUAAACUAGAAGUAGCUGGCAAUACAAAGAUGGAAGAUGACUUUAAUAAAAGUAACUGUAAAAAUGACAGAGCUCAUUAAUGAGAAUAUAUAUAUUAAAAAAAAAAGAAAAAGAAAAUAAAUGUCUUAAUGUAUUUUUAAAAGAGAGGCUACUUCUAAAAACCCCAUAAAACCCCAAAGUGUUUAAGGCAGUGUCUUAACUAUCUCAAGGUCAAGAAAGGGCAGGAGGAUUGAUUAAAACUGUGAGCUCUUUCACGACCUCCAGAAGGAAGCACAGAAAUACCUAGAUCUGUAUAAAGAAUUGUAACCAUCUUGGCAUAAAACUAGAAAAGCUAAGGAGUAAGCACAUUAAGAUAAACAUGAUGUGAAAAUCAAUAGCUGAUCUAAGUACAGAGAUAAUGGAAAAAAGCCCAAGAAUGUUAGUCUGUGCCCAAUGGAGAAGAAAGUCUUUCUUCCUUAAAGUACCAAAUUACUUGAGUCCACCAAGGAGAAAAGAAACUGAGUUGCACUAGUCAGGAAAAAAAAAUCACAUCAAAUUCUUCUAAGGGACAAAUCACAUCAAUUUCCUCCAAAGACAGGAUAACAGGCUGGGCAACUGCAAAAGAUGCAGUACACCUCAGAUCUCUCCAUUAAGGGAGGCUUCUAACACCGUUUUAUAUAACGCUUUUAUUGCAGCAGAAAGACAAACACCGUUCUGGAUGAAACUACUGUAAGUUUGGUGCAAAUUUGGUUGAGAAACUGCGCUACUUGACUGAAAGAUUAUAUGGAGUGCAGAGCUCCACAGAGGUGAGCCUGACGACCUCUGAUGCUGAUAUUUUCCACAGUGACAUGCAAGAAAGAAGAGAGUGUUUACUCACUGCAUUUAGCUCAUUCCAGACUGGAAGGAUGACCAUAAGUUGCGAUGAGAGUUCAGGCAAUCUUGUGAAACUGGAACAGUGAUUCUACGUAAAUAGGAGCCAAUUAUGUAAACACAAAACCAAAAUUUCACCUUUGGUCUCACAACACACAACCAACAGAAAUUUAUAAAAUAUGUAAUAAAAAUAAGACAUCAUCUCUAUUUUCAGAAGGACAAGAAAUAAUGAGAUCCCAUCACUCUAAGGGACACUCAGAUUAGAUAUUAGGAAACACUUUCUAGACAUUGUAAGGCUAAUUAAGGAGUAGAUUAAUCUGCGUGGGUGAGCUGUGGAAUCUCAUUGUGAAUCUGUAGGAACAGGUUAGACAGCAUCUGUUAGGACCAGUUUACUUGCUCUCACACUGUUAGAACCAGGAAGAGCUCUCAUAUUCUGCCUAUGAUCUUGCAAUACCUGAGCUAAGGUAAGUAGCAUGCACUAUAUACAGAUGGAAAAGGAAUACUGCAAGGAUCUACCAAGAGUACAAUACUUCAUUUAUUACUGAUGCUUUAGUUGCUAAUUUUUGCCUCUUAUCCACACUUGUGUUCAUCUUUCCCUUAGUAUGAUGGCUGUUCUGGAAAUUACAGAUUAUGCCUUGAUUUGCCCUCGAAGAGCUGUCAGUUAUAGCUGGGAAACACAGCAUAAGAUGUAGAAUGAUGCUAGUCUACCUAAUGUUGACGGCUUACCAUUUCUAAAAUAAUUGUAGUUACAACUGCUAUGGUUAUUGAGGCCUUUGGCAGGAAUUGCACCAUAUUUCCCAAAGUGGAGGGGUAUUUGAUUCAUGUUUGCAAGCGAGCUUUUAUGAGCUACUUGUGUUUUUAUGAAGUCACCAUGAAUCUAUACAUUUGACUCCUUUGCAGUCAUACCAAGUGCAUGAAAGGUCAACUUGGGAACUGUGAGCAGUUCUGCGAAACUGAAGAUGAAGGACUCAUAUGUUAAUGUGCUGCUGGCUAUGCCCUGGACAAUGACAAAAACUGUGUUUCUGUAGUCACAGGAAUCACAGCAAAUCAAGAUGCUCAUCCUGAAAAUGAGGAAACCACAGAGGCCCCAGGCAGCCAUCUGGAGGUCACCAGAGAGGCUGGCAGUUUACCCAGGAUGUCCCCGUGGCAGGUAAGGAGCCUGACCCUGUUCACCAGGACUGGCAUCCAUUUAGUCUUCACUGUGCUUGUCCAUGCCUGCUCCCCACGGUUUUCUUCCCUCUCUUUGCCAGCUGUUCUACUAGUAGAUGAGUAUAUUGAAUGGUUUUGCAGGGGGACAAUUCUGAAUGAGUAUUUUAUACUUUCUGUACUUUCUAUACAUUGAAUUAACCAGUCUAAAGACUUCUUCUUGGUAAGUACUUCUCACUUUUCCCUUUACUACAAAAAAAAGGAAGUGUCCUGUAUUCAUGCCUCCAUAUGCAAGAUGCCUUUUGACUAACAGUGUCUCUUGCCUCUUGACUAACCAUGAAAUACAUGUUUAAAUUUGUAGAAUGGACAGUUUCUUUAAGCAUAGCUUGGCCUAGUGUAGCUUAUAUAUGUUAGAAGCCAAAUAUAAAAUGGGGAAGGUAUGCUGGCAGGUAAGGUUGAACUGAUGUGGUUAAAUUGGUCUAACAUUACACAUUUAUGCAAUUUCCUGUGUUGGCCAAACCCUGAAGAAUUCCAGAUGCCUCAUCCAGAUAUUAGCAAUAACUGUUUUGACAGCAUGUAGACACUAUUCUGAUACUGUU